AUGGAGGGUUCUUCCAAAGACUACAGAGAUGAACCGGACCUUGAACUCGGUCCCGAUUCAUCCAAGCCUGCCAGCGGCAGCGAGACUCCCCCAAGCCCCAAGACGGCUGCUGCCAUCAGGAAAGAGAAGGGCCGAGUAAGAUUCAACAGCAAUGCCGCGGUUACCAGUCCUCCGGUGAUUCCGUCUAGCCCACCGCCCGAAACCCGAACAACUCCCAUUGCAAAGCCGAGGCCUUCGCUACUACGAGGCAACUCUUCAAACUCUGUGACUGGCAAGGACAUUGACGAUGGAUUGGAUCCCGAGUCGAAGGAGGCAAUGGCCGCUGCACAGGAACGUGCCAGGUUAAUCGCGGCUAACCUUCACCGAGAUUCAUCGGCCAUUUCCAGAGACUCACUCGAAUCUAGCGUGGGCACCGCUUACGACGACCGCGAGUCUACUGCAGGCUCUAACAUCCCCCUUCAAGACCUAAGCCACUCGGCGCACAACCGAGACGGCUUCCAGAAGAUCCCGUCCGGGGAGCAUGAACACCCGACACUCAAAGAAGAGGCAUUCAAGCUGGUCCGAUCCCACACUAACCGCUUCGAAACCAACACUGCCCAGAACUCGCCAACUGCCAAGGAAGCUCCUCGCCAACGCCGAGAGACUUUGACCGAGCUGAAUGAUGGCAAUUAUGAUGGAGUGGUAUAUGAUGUGCCUGAGCCCGAGCAGUACCGCGGCAGCGUCCUGUCUCAGCUAUUGAAGCUCUACAAGCCUCCUGAGCCGCCGUUCAAGGGAGGACACAACCGAAACGCCUCCACAACUUCAUCGAUCGGUGGAACGAACAGCCCUACUGUCCAGGGCACUCCCUCCGGGGCCUCAACGCCAACCCGCAAGAAGUGGUAUAACCAGAACCGCUCGCAAGACACGCUUGCCAACCUUGUCGAGGCAUCAGCACGGCUUGCCAACCCCAACGAAGGAGAGCAGGCUGGUGACAGCAAGAAUGGCGGGAAGAAGCAUGGACGACCUCCGAUGCACAAGCGAGCUCACAGCGCCAACCGGCUCAGUGGUUUCUGGCAACAACAGGAAGCUCGGAUUACGGUUCAUAUCGCAGAGACACUGUCGCGACAAGACUACAUCAUCAAGCUCUGCCGCGCCUUGAUGUUAUACGGAGCUCCAACUCAUCGACUGGAAGAGUAUCUGAGUAUGACUGCCAGAGUUCUCGAGAUCGACGGGCAGUUCCUCUACCUGCCGGGAUGCAUGAUCAUCUCAUUUGACGACAGGUCGACGCACACGACAGAAGUCAGAAUCGUCCGUUCGGCUCAGGGCAUUGAUCUGGGAAAGCUGAAGGACGUUCAUCUGAUUUACAAGGAGGUCAUGCAUGACUGUAUCGGCGUUGAGGAAGCUACCGACAAGCUGGAUGUCUUGAUGAAGCGCAAGGACAAGUUCCACGCUUGGCUGCGAGUCAUCAUCUUUGGACUCACCAGCGUUACAGCCGCGCCCUUCUCUUUCGGAGCCCGUCUGAUCGAUCUCCCACUCAUCUUUGCUUUCGGCUGUCUUGUUGGAGUCCUGCAGCUCAUUGUGGCUCCCAACUCUGCCCUGUACAGCAACGUCUUUGAGGUUACCGCAACAGUCGUCGUCAGCUUCUUGGCCAGAUUGUUCGGCAGCAUCAACAACUCGAACCUUUUUUGCUUUGGUGCUCUCGCUCAGGGCGGUAUCGUCAUGCUUCUUCCUGGUUACAUGGUUUUGUGCUCUUCUCUUGAACUUCAGUCCAGGGCCAUUGUCCCGGGUUCAAUUCGUAUCGUUUACGCCAUCAUUUAUUGUCUUCUACUUGGAUUCGGUAUCACAGUUGGCUCAGCUCUAUAUGGACUCUUCGAUGAUACGCCAUCCAACCAAGCGACUUGCGAGAACCCCAUGGACCCCUACUACGGCUUCAUCUUCGUCCCCCCCUUUGUGGUCUGCAUUAGCAUGAUCUACCAGGCCAAGUGGCGCCAGGUCCCCAUCAUGGUUAUCAUCGCCUUUGCCGGAUACAUGGUCAACUUCUGGAGUGGACAACGAUUCAAGUCCAGCCCACAAAUCUCCAGCACACUUGGCGCCCUGGCCGUCGGUGUGCUUGCGAACCUGUACUCACGACUCCGGCACGGCGUUGCGGCAGCCAUUCUCAUCCCCGCUGUCUUCUGUCAGGUGCCGGGAGGCCUGGCAUCGACCGGAGGUUUACUCAGCGGCCUCAGCGUGGCCAAUGAGCUCACCAACAACAACGGGACAAUCAAUGGAACAGCUUCUGUCCAGGUUGAGAAGGGAGGCAAUCUCGACAACUUGGUGUUCAAUGUGGCGGCUUCGAUGAUUCAGAUUGCCAUUGGAAUUGCUGUCGGACUCUUUAUGAGUGCUCUAAUCAUCUACCCUCUGGGCAAGCGACGAAGCGGUUUGUUCAGUUUCUGA